AUGACGCAACAACACCCGGGGCGCGACUCGCCGCCCGUGUGGUGGACGGACAUGGCCGCAGCGGACGGUGCCGCGCCGCUCCGAGUCGCCGAGUGGGAGAACGGGCCCGAGUGGCGGCGGGAGAAUGGUUGGACCGGGUCUGACUUUGUUCACGCGCAGACCGCACCGGUGCACAUCCCUGGGUACCUGCUCGACUCCCCGGGCGGAGGCCCGCGGCUGGUAGGCGCCGCUCACUUUGGCCCGGCGGCGGAGUCACAUAGAGGGCUGUGCCACGGAGGGACGAUGUGCGCUCUCAUGGACGACGUGAUUGGCUGGUGCGGCUUCUGCGCCUCUGGCACCUGCGAGCCGUGGUCGGGCUUCACGGUUCAGAUCGAUACCUCGCUCCGCGCGCCGGUCGCGGUCGGCGCGUGGCUGCGAGUGGAGGCCACGAUCGUGCGGAGGGAGGGGCGCAAGGUCUGGGUGGAGGCGUCGCUCUCUGACCCGCUCGCCUGCAGCGACGGGCGGCCCAGGGUGCACUGCGAGGCCAAGGGCCUCUUCCUCAUCAAGAAGGAAGACACAUGCUAA